CGGGACUACUCAUCAUUCUAUUCUGUUGCUUUCUAGUUAUGUCCAUUAUUUAAUAUUAUCUACGGCCCUAAGCAGUAGUCUUCCAGUUUGUGAGCCGGCUGGCCGUUCCAUCUUCCCCCACAACAGCAACCGGCCAGUUACGCACUGCUACGGAGUAGCUUCUACUCUGUCAAGAGCAUAUUCAGCUUACAACGAAAUAGACCUCUACAAUGGCCUUGCGGCGUUCAGCUCGCUUGAGCGCUAUUCCAAGUGCAAUGGCCGCUUCAUUGCAAGGGAAUCCAGAAUCUAGGAGAUUGAGCACAGGGAAGCCAAAUGGGAUCACGAAACCACCACACAGGUCUUCCAAAAGAGGGAGCAAAACUCUGAACGCUGCACGAAGACGGAGCUUCGAAGGCGAUCUUGAUGACAGCAAUGGACCACCCACUAGCGGAACCAGCAGACCACACACCCCUCCUUUACCCUCCAUGGACAGACCUGUUGAACCCCACAGAACUAAUGCCACCCUUCUGACUCCCGGUGGCUCAUCGCGUGUGGCAUACCCGCCGGACGCGGAUCAGAUCUCGCCCAGCAAAAUCGGCCUGCCGCAUCCAACAGCUACAACGGGCAAUCUUCUCGAAAAGGCCGUGGCACAUCUGAUCGCGGCGGAGCCACGACUUAAACAUAUUAUAGAUCGACAUCCCUGUCCUCUAUUCUCACCCACAGGACUGGCGGAGGAGGUUGAUCCAUUCCGCAGCCUAGCCAGCAGUAUCAUUGCACAGCAGGUUUCAGGAGCGGCGGCCAAAUCCAUCAAAGACAAGUUCAUUGCAUUGUUUAACAACAAGGAUGUUGAACCUGGUGAUUUAUGGUCACAAGCAGCUGCCUAUUUCCCGACCCCGGCGGAAGUCGCUCGCUGUGACAUUUCCACGCUCCGAACUGCGGGUCUCUCCCAGAGGAAAGCAGAAUACAUCCAAGGACUUGCUCAGAAGUUCGCCAGCGGCGAACUAAGUACCGAGAUGUUGCUAAGGGCGAGCGACGAGGAGCUAGUCGAGAAACUAACCGCUGUUCGGGGUUUAGGUAGAUGGUCUGUCGAGAUGUUCGCGUGUUUUGCUUUGAAACGCAUUGAUGUUUUCUCCACCGGUGAUCUAGGAGUGCAAAGAGGCUGCGCCGCUUUCAUGGGAAAAGACGUGAACAAGCUCAAAGCCAAAGGUGGCAAUAAGUUCAAGUAUAUGUCCGAGAAAGACAUGCUGGAAUUAGCCGCCAAAUUCGCUCCAUAUAGGAGCCUCUUCAUGUGGUACAUGUGGCGAGUGGAAGAUGUGGACAUUGCUGUUUUAAACUGAAUCCUUUGUCCGCGUUUGUUGAUAAUAUUAUAUACCCUGUGGCCAUUCAGUGCUGGUUUCAGAGUUUGACGAGCUUUACACGCGAUACCCUUCUGCAUGGUGGGUGAUAAUAUGCAGAAUUCGGAUGGUUCUUUGCAGCCAGAUGUUCGGCACUGUGCACACGAACACAUUUUCUUAUAGGUAUUGCAAUUCGCAACAUGGAUCCAAUUAAUGGAAGAGGCAAUAUAUAUCAACCCAUGGAAAGAAAGACG